UCUUCUUUGUGCCAAAUUAGAAAGAAAUCGGAGUGUACUUUUUAAGUAGUUACUUUUUACUUGUUAGCAAAUUUCUCGCGUCUACAUAAUUUUCACUGUGACUGCAAGACUAGUUUUUUGAGUGAUUCAGUUUUUCAGUCGGUUUUGAUAAGCCGAUUCUUCGGGAAAUUUGUAGCAUCGCGCAUUAAUUACGUUUACAGGAAAUAAUCAGACAGAAACAAAAUCGGAAUAAGAAAAUUAUUUCUUUGCGUGCAUGCAUCAUGUAGGAGGAUUAAUCCGAUGUCUAAUUUCUUUCCUUUUGCAUCUCAACCUGAUCAAUUUGCCUUGUAUGUUUCAAAGCAUAGUCGAAAACAAGAAAGUUAUAAACUUUUUCUUCUUGAUGAAUUCCGAAGUGCAUUUUAUAUUUUGUAGGAAAGAAUCAACUUUGGGAAAAAUACAGGAAAUUUAUCUUGUGCAAAAAUACAAUAUGGAAGCGAAAUGUUGUAAUAGAACAGAUUAAUUAUCCUGCCUUUUCCGAUUUGAUUUCGUGAUUCGACAUCAUACGCAAACAUUCUGUUCAGGUGUUUACUUUGCAUCCGUGUUACCAACAAUCGCAUACCAUAAACUUUGAAUCUCGCGAUCGGUAAGAAUGCUCGAUGAAGAAAACGACGGUAGAGUGCGCUAAGAAGACUAAUAUAACGAAAGAGAAAGAGAGAAAGAGACAGAGAUACGGAUCAGCACGCUCUGACCAUCUGAAACAACGGCAAACGUUGCCACAGCUCAUUAAACUGUCAUACGACAUCGAAUGUCUUAUGUAUCGCGGUGGUUACUUAUUCUAAUUAUCUAAAGAAAUUUGUGACGAAAUCACCCGUCUUUCAGAAGGAAAUCUGUUAUUUAAAUAUUCGACACGCAUUAAGUAUUCGACACGAAUAUUCUCUAGGAAAAUUUAGGAUCAAAUCUGUCGUCUCAAUAUGUAAAGCUGACGUAAGAAGCCAUAUAGAGAACAAAAUCCGCAGGAAUAAACAAGCUCAAUAAUUGAGUCGUGUUACUUUUAAUGAAACUGACACACACCGGGUAAUGGAACCUAUAACAGAGGAAAUAUCUUCGUUAAAUGUUGAUAACAGAAUUUAUUAUACUUACUGCAACACGAAGGUGGUAUCGAAAAUGUACACAUUUGUGUGGUGUAUUACCGAAUUUUUUAAUAUAUAUAAAUUAGUUUCUCAUGUAAAGUUGAAUACAGAGGAGGAACGACUACCUUUUAAUAUUUGCCUGCAAGUUGAUAAUAAGAAGGAAAAAGUGACUUUUUACGUUAAGAGUACUCCGGCAAUUAAAACUAUGUUAUGCCAAGCUCAGUUGCAGUCAGGUUUGUCAACAGAUAAAUAUUACGUUUUACCCUGUGUGCGUGACGGUGAAAUUUACAGUUUUGAAAUAGAUUAUAUAUUUAUGACGACGGCAGGACUGGAAUUUACAUUAUAUGGCAACGUCAGAGUAAUCUUUAAAUUACAUUGCAUUGAAACCAUCUUACAUAACACUAUAGAUACCGUAGCAUUAAACUUUAAUGAUAGAAUUGAAAUAAAAGACUUACGUCCUGGCAUUUCCACAAUAAUUACGUUGAAAAUUCAGAAUACAGAAUUUGAAGUAAGUAAGGAAUUACUUUGUGCAAAGAGUGAAUAUUUCAAAACUUGGUUUGAUGUUAACGAAACUACAGUAGUAGAUAUAGACGAUGUAUCACUAGAAAUUGCACCAAUGCUUAAAAAUUUUAUAAAUAACGAAGAUUUAUCGAUGUUUCUACAAGAUGUUGACAUCUGCCACUUACUUGCGCUCUUUAAAGCAGCUAUAAUAUACAGCAUGAGAGAUCUUCAAAUACUUUGCAUACGAUGUAUAAAAGAGAAUAUUUUUAUUAGAGAGGAUAUUUUAGAGGGAAAUAUAUUACUAGAUGUUCUACUUUUUGCAGAUUUUUAUGAUAUCAAAGAUUUAUUGAAAUUUACUAUUGAUUUUAUUGCGUUAAAUAGCAAUUACAUAAAUAAUUCAUUUCAUCUAAAUAUCGAACAAAAUUACCCUACAUUAUUUGCUCUACUUAAAGGAGCUAAAAUAAAUACAUGCGAAGCGCACAGUGUUUUUUAAUAAUCGCAAAAUCUGGAAUUUGUAAAUUAAAGAACUCGUAGAAAAUGUAACUAAAUAUCGACUGACAUAUAAUAUAUUUUUAAAUUUUUAUUUUAAUAUAUUUUGUUUGCAAUAUUCAGGAAUUGUUUAUA